AUGCAAACGAACGAGCGCGCAAAUUUGAAAACCGUUCACAAAAUGGAGGAAGGUUUGACAACACCUUCAACAUCCGCUACAAGUUCUACAAGGGUGGGAAAAUUUACUCCUCUUAGUGCUAGGAACAGAAAUUCCAAGUCCGCUCGAUCUCCUUGGCUUUCAAGAAGGCAUACACCAUACGUGAAAACACCAAAAACGGGCCGUGCUUCCCGAAGCCAUCCAGACGGUGACGGCGGAUUGACAGAAAACCUUCGAUCGAAAACUGCAUCGACCGAAAUCGAAAGAAGAACAUCAACUCUUAAGGAUUCCAGUGGAUCCCCUAAUUUACUACCAAGCAAUGCGCACGUUGUUGAACAGAUAAGAGAUCCAGUUCGAGAAAUUGUAGGUAAAACACUGCGGGUUCAUCAGGCUUCGCCACUUCACAACUUUGAUCAGAAGAACAAGAGUUCUCUUGAAACCUAUGGGAAUCAGCUGUCAGCUUUUCUACAAUUGGAAACAGAAAAACAACUUUUAGUUGAUGAAGAUGGAAACGUCGAAGAAAGAAAAUUCAAAGUGCAAUUCUCUGUUCAUAAAGAUAUUUCAGCUGAAGGCUCAAAAUUUUCAGCUGUGAAAAUAAUCGUCUGCAGUACUGACAGUCUACGGCUACAGCCUGUGGGGGAAGUAGAACCGCUUGUUCCGAUUUUGACAACUCUGUUUUGCUCUGUGGGAAGCGAGGAAGAGGAGGACGCAAGACUUCAAGAACACUUUACCUGUCUACCUAUAUGCCUCAUCAACGGGCCUGUUAAUAUCUCUAAAAAUUUGAUCAGUUGGUGUCAAAGCCAGUUUGAUUGUAGAAUUACUCCAAUGACUUUUUCAUCAGUCGAACUCGGUUGGUAUUUCUCGCUAUGGGCUGGCAUGUCUUCGCCCGAGAGAUCUCCGACAAUCGAACUUUGCUAUGAUGCAUCUUCCGUGGCAGGUCUUCGAAGAAUCCUUUACAGCAUCGAAGGGAAGGAUGCCAAACAACUCUGGGACAUUGUCCACAUGAGUGACUCGUCUAUUUUUACUGAAGAAGAAUCCGUGAUGUUUCUAGAAGCAUUGAAGAAGCAUUUUUAUCAUCAUUUCAGAAUCAAUUUGGAAGGACUACCUUUAACAAGAGUGAGAACAGCUGUGGCUUUCAUUGCAUGCGAGGGGAAGCUUAAAAUUGUGCAUCCUCGCUUUGCUGACCACAUCCUAGAGCAGCUGACAAGAGCAGCGUUAACUAAGGAAUUUUACGGAAGAUUGAGAUAA